AUGGUGCAGGCGAAGGCGAGAAUGCUCCGAGGAGGCAUGAUGUUGCACGACGGUCCUGCACAACAAGGUAGAGAUGAGACAUUUAAGAGUUUCAGGUCGUGGCAGUUCAACGAGCCGUGGGUUGGAGAGCAUAUCGAUGAGCUGCCGGCUAGUGUUAUUGCGUCCAACUACAUGGCAUGGCAAAAUGGGCACGAUGCUGCCCUCUAUGCCAACCAUAUGCUGGAUCCAAUGUCCAGUGCUGCGUCAGCAGAGGCGGUCUACGACGUUACCAAUGGCGGGAAUAGUUGA